GUUUCGGGCUCAGAUCGCUGAAGCCAGAGGACUGCAGUAUUUCUCUUCACGGCUGCUCGGAUUAUUUUCGCUAAGGACUUUGUAAUCUUUCCGGUUUUUUCUUUUUCUUUUUGGAGGCACUCUCGCUUGCCUCCUGAAGCUCCGUGGGAAGAUUUGAGCUGUUUGGCUCGGAUUUUGCAAUUUCUUUCUGGGGACUGCCGUGGGGUGCAUCACUGUGGAUUAUAACUGCACCAUGACACUGGAGGAGCUUGUGACGUGUGACAAUGCGGCGCAGAAGAUGCAGACGGUGACCGCCGCGGUGGAGGAGCUACUGGUGGCCGCGCAGCGCCACGACCGCCUCACCGUGGGGGUGUACGAGUCCGCCAAGCUGAUGAAUGUGGAUCCUGACAGCGUAGUCCUCUGUCUCCUGGCUAUUGAUGAGGAGGAAGAAGAUGACAUUGCCCUGCAGAUCCACUUCACACUCAUCCAGUCCUUCUGCUGCGACAACGACAUCGACAUCGUGAGGGUGUCGGGCAUGCAGCGGCUGGCAGAGCUGCUGGGAGAGCCGGCCGAGACACAGGGUGCCACCGAGGCCCGAGAUCUGCACUGCCUCCUGGUCACGAACCCUCACACGGACGCCUGGAAGAGCCACGGCUUGGUGGAAGUAGCUAGUUACUGCCAAGAGAGCCGAGGCAACAACCAGUGGGUCCCCUAUAUCUCCCUGCAGGAGCGCUGAGGGCCUCCCAGCCACAAAAGCUGUUGCUGCCAAAAAUAAGUAAAUAAGUAUUUGACCCCCUAUCAGAACACCCCCAGAACAACCCAACCCAUGAGACCAUGGGGGUAGAGUCACUUGAAAACUGAGGAAGAGAAGAGGGGAGUGUGGAGCCACCUCCCCCCAGGGGGGACAGAGCCGGAAGCAGCGCCCGAGGUGGCCACUGAAAGAGGAGAAGCAGGGGACCCGGGCCAGCAGGAGAAAGGGUUCCGGGAGCCCAGGCCUCAGGGACAGCAGAAGCCAGAAGGAGGAGCUGCCGUCACCCUGUGUCACAGAGGGCUUGGAUGGACAAUGCAGGAGUGGGGAGAGCCACAGGGUCCCCACCCUUCUGGAGACCAGAGACAUCUGCAGGCGCAAUGCAACUCGGGUGACCGAGGGGAGUCCUCGGCAGGACUAGCGACUGGGAGAUGGGGCGCCAUCCACAUGGCUCUCAAUCCGGGAACUCCCAGCUUGCAAAUCACGGACAAUCUAUUUUGUUACUUUGCACUUCUUGUUACUCGGAACCACUGAAAGGGCCGGGAAGUGAACAGACUUAUAUUUUUAUUUCUACUGUGCUGGCCUUGUAAUAAAUUUCUAAAGCCUC